GCUCCCAUCUCUAAUAUUCUACACUACACUUCACUCGCGUUCGUUACUGCUGUCGGUUGUACGACGUUUUUUGGAGGAUAAUUCAGGUUGCAAUAUGGAACGUUAUUUACGAUUUUACAUCAAAUUCCACGGUUACGUGCUGGCACUAGCGACUAUUGCAGGCGUGGGCUUCAUGACGUUAGUGUUUUUCGACCACGGCAGGAAUAUGGUUUAUCCGUUGGAACGCUUUUAUGAUUACCGAUUCAUGGGAAGCUCAGUGAUUUUAUUUGGCAGUCUGUGGUUGGUUGCGGGAAUUGCAAUGUUCUACGGAUUGUACAAGGAAGCGAAAAUAUGGAUUUACCCUCUUGCAGUCCUCUAUAUGUUUGAUUUGUUUCUACUGUUUACUCGUGACAUUUUCCUACUUUGGGUCGAUGAGCUAUGGUAUGAAAGUAUUCUUCUGAAUCCUAUGAUGGCGUUGCCGGUAUUGUACAUUACUCUACACAUUAUGCUGACUAUUGUUGCGUUGGGCAAGCUAUUUGAGCACGCUCCAGUACAGCCAACCGGGACGAGUUUCGUUCGGUUCGAACCGUCGGUUACGGUUCAGGAAGAUGUCACGACACUAGUGACGUGAUUAAUCUUGACAUUUUAUAGAGGGAAAGGGUACUGGUGAGAUGAUGUGAACAUGAAAACGGAAACUACGAACGAAAAAUCCAGGAAGUAGCCUUUAAUUUAAAACGUUUAAUACUAUGUGUUUGAAGUAAUAUUCAUUGGUUGGAAUCUCAGAGAAUUUUCGUCAGAACGUUCGGAUAACCAACGUUCAAUGGGAAAUUUAUUGUACUUUUCAGAUUUUUGGGCUUGGGUUUUGCACAUCGUUGCUCAUAGAGAGAUAUUUUGGAAAUAAAACUAUGGAGACGUAUGGUGGUCAGUUGUAAAAUAUUCAAUUUCGUAUAUUUAAACAACUUGAUUGACUGGGAAGUAUACAUGAAGUUUUUUCCAGUAGUUUCAAGCAUUUUUAUAUAAACAUGUAAACCGCUUUCAGUACUGCAAGAUGUAUAAAGAGAGAAUAAGUUGAAUUGAUGAGAAAAAAAAAUAUAUAUAGUCUUUUAUAUUUUCAAUGACGUUGAAGUAAAAUACCAUACCAUUUCAUAAUUUUACUUAAAAGACCUUCAACUUGUCGCAAAAAAAUCUUGAAUUGGUCAAACAGCUUAAAAGCUAAAAAUUUUCAACAUAAAAUAAAUUGAAUUUUGAUGAUUCUUGCACUACCCCAAUUCAAAAAGGAGUACCCCAAGAACCAAACAAAAAAAUGCGAUUCUAAAGUUUUUCAAUGAAGAACAAGUGUGGGAACCACCCUUAUAUUCAUCUUAGCACCUAUAUUCUUCCCGUCGCUUUUAUUUCGCUCUUCUCAUCGCUCUUAAAUUCCGACUACUCGACUUAAUUAAAAGGUAAAAUAAAACUACUUUUACUUUAGAAAUAGAGUUAAAUUUUACAAUAAAUUGAACAAACAAGAGCAAUGAGAUGAAUAUAGGUCUUGAGAUGUAUAUAAGAGCAGUUCUCCUAUCAGAAUUAUAAGCAAGAUUGGAGCAAAAACAAAAACCUGAUCAUUAGAAAGGUCUAACGACACUUUAGGUGCAUAAAUUGCUAUUUUCGAUAUUUCCUGACAUCAGAAAUGAGUUCACCACUUCAAAAUGGUAAUAAUAUGAAAUUUUCAAUCAUAUAAAAAAGACUUUUAGGUUUUUUCCGACUUUUGUAUAGAGACCUGCCACUGUGGGGCGGCCUGCUUUUUAGAAUCGUAUAUGGUGAUCGCAACCUUUGUGCUACCCCGAUAGUGGGCAAAUAAAGGCACUCUGAAAACACACACUGGAAAAAACCGCGCUGCCGCUGAGAUAUAUGACCAACAUGGCAAAUGAUUUGUUGCCGAAAGCAAUAAUAAUAGAUUUUCAAUUUACACCCCUUUGUGGUAGACUGAAAAAACGUAGUUAUGCGUCAAAAUGAAAGAUUAUAGCUUUUUAACCAUUUUUGUGAGCUUUGGUGUCUCUGGCCACCAACAUUUUUUAGAGACUUAAAUGAGUUUUCUCGUGUUAUGGAAUCAUUCAAGGAAUCACAGGAAUCACAGCUACAAUCAUUCUUCUAGGGCAACUAUUUUGUGCUUUUGGAGUGUACCUGUGUUGACCAAUGUAAUCACGUUUCUACGAUGAACACUGAGAUCUUUAAUAGGUCUAAUCAAGUUUAAACUUAUGGCUAAUUCAUAAAUACAAUCUUACGUAAAGCAGCACAUUGAGAAUAUCCAAUCAAAGUGCAAUAAGAAUAUAAAAUAUUGAUACCCUUUUUGCUCUUAUCGACAGGAAUUGCAGACUUUGUCUCAAGAAUGAACUACCAAUUCACAAACAAAUAUUUAGACAGGUAAUGUUAUAUGCAGCCUCCAUCUGGACAAGUCGUUGUACAAAAACGAAAAAGAUGCUUAAAUGGAAUUAGAAUCAACUUUUGAAAAUUGUUCAGAAUAGUCUUCCGUGGUUCAGCACGAAUGCAUGGAUGUUGUGAGUUUUUGACUCUAAAAAAUCUAGGGAGGGAAGUACUUGCAAUUCGAAAGAAUCGAUAAAUUUUUUUCGAUGCCAAAUGACUAAAAAUGCAUGAAACGUCCAAAUCUGGUUUUCUCGAAGAACUUUCUGGGCCGUUUUUUGAUCAACCGAGGGUAUACAGAAUAUUUUGGAAUUGGUUUCUAAAAUGAUUCACAACUCACUCCAAAGUGAGUCAUUUGGCACUUAAAAAGAGCUUCCGCUUUUCCCAAUUUCAUGCACUCCCCCCUUGUUAGAUUUUCGAAGGACAAAAAACACAGUUUUGAGCACUUUGAAGCACCCCUAAACCAUGGUUGGCCGAGCUGUAAUACUGCAUAUGACAUAUUUUUGGGUCAAUAAACAAAAUGUAAAUGGUCGGCUUUUGGAAUUUGACAUGACCCUUGUUGCUGUCACCCUCAUGCUGAUCCACCCUACUGUAUAUCACGACUCGACUCGCAUCCGGUAUUCUAUCUAGUUCAAGAUCUGGUAUGAAACGAAAUCUAACAAUGUAUUAUCGGAACGAACGAGGCUUGCGAGCAAAAGUAGCUGAGUUGUGUUUUAGGUUCACCAGCUGUGAUUAGGACGUGGUCGUUUUCACAGAAACUGUGUGCAAGCUUGUGACUGCCAGCGCCCUGAUGAGAGAUAAAACUGUUAACCUACUAAACAUUUGUUAACCAACUUUUUUUUCGGUGCCUCUAUUUUUUGCUGUUGAGUAUUAGCACUUUGAGGAAUUUUCAAUUUUUUGAUUAAUUAUUACGUAGCGACUAAGUACCUAUUUUGACGUAGGGCUACGUCUAACAGCACUAUAUUGAGAGGCAUUCUGUGGAAACUAAAACCAAGGUGUUACGUUGAAAUGAAAGAAUUCAAACUGGAAUACUGAUGUAACUACAUGAUGGUUUCCAACAAUCAAGAUGUCGAUGGAUUGAUAAAAUUAUGGAAAAUUUUGUGAUUCUUCAGUUAUCAUUAUCACUUCAUUGUUCAACAGUGAAAAUUUUAUAAAAGUUUCAAGCUCAAAUUUUCACGAACAAUAUACCAAUCACAUGUGAGCACGCCUGGCACAGACUUCAUGAGUAGACUGCCUGCUGUGAUAUCCAGUAGAGUGUCAUUAAGAUGUAUGAAAAAAAUUACCUAUCGUUUAGCGGUAGGGCUCAAAAGUUUCGUCUUCUCGAAAAAAGUUCCCAUGCAAAAUUUCAACUCGAUUGGACAUCGGGAACACGUGCCUCAAAACUAAAAAAAUGGCAAAUAUUCUUAUUUUACUUUCUCUGAGCUGAUCCUGAAAGAAUAUAAUUUAGAAAUAAAAAAAAAUAACAUAUAUAUUAACGACGAAAUAAACUGAACA